AUGGCCGUCGUCAAACCCAGAGUCGUCUUCCUGAACAGCCCUAAAUGCACUCCAGCUUCCUAUCUCGAGCAGUUCAGCAGUGACUUCGCCUUCUCCGUGCUUCCGGCCGCCAACCGCGCGGAAACCAAGGCCCUCCUCCCAAAGGAUAUUGCUGACAAUGGACCCAUCCACGCCUUCAUAAUUGGCAUGGGAACAACUCCCUAUGAGCCGUACGAUGAAGACCUUCUCUCGGGUCUCACUCCCCACUGCCGGAUUAUCGCCUCCGCCAGCGCCGGGUACAACGAGUUCGAUGUGGAGUGGAUGGCAAGUCAAGGCAUCUGGUUCUGUAAUACCGUUGAUGCUGUCGCAGAAGCCACAGCCGAUAUGGCCAUGUUCCUGACUCUCGGCGUGCUCCGGAAUACGAGCGUGGCUGAGAAGAGAGUCCGCGAGGGCCGUUGGCGGAGCCCAGAGUUGGUCCCAGCAAGGGAUCCGAGUGGGUUGACGCUGGGGAUUAUUGGCUUGGGUGCAAUUGGAAAGUAUCUCGCCCGCAAAGCGGGGGCCUUCAAUCUCAACAUCACAUACCAUAACCGACGCCAACUCUCUGCCCAAGUGGAGAAAGAAUAUAACCUCACCUACGCGCCAAGUCUAACUGAUCUCUUGUCGGUGUCGGAUAUUGUAUCCGUAAAUUGCCCUCUCAAUGCCAAAACAACCAAUCUGAUUGGUGCUGCUGAGUUUUCCGCGAUGAAGGAUGGCACCUUCUUCAUCAACACUGCCCGGGGUGCUAUUGUGAAUGAGGAAGCCCUUGUUGAGGCGCUGAAGUCAGGCAAAGUCGCCCGAGCUGGAUUGGAUGCCUUCCCCGACGAGCCCAAUGUGAAUCCUUUCUUGAGGGAGAGUGAGAAGGUCGUUUUGCAGCCGCACCUGGGCGGGUCGACUGAUAUGGCAUUUCAAAAAGCCGAGAGGGAGUGCUUUGAGAAUAUUCGGGCAUUCUUCAAAGAUGGGAGACCGUUGUCGCCAGUUAUUGAAAUCGGAAGCCGCAAGUUGUAA